AUGGCUGUCUUCCCAGCUCAGCCUCUCCCCGACUGGGAGGAGGACGACAUAUACGCCGAAGCAGUUUGCGACGUCGACGACAUUUACUACCACGGCUCCGAGGACGAAGAUUACGACAGUCCCACCACCAGAAGACAGAGAUACGAGGCCGCGGGCCAAAGGUUUUUGGACGGGAGUGUGCCGUUCCUGCUGUCUGCCUCCCUACAAGGUCCCUUUGACAAGGAAUCCGGCUGGACCAACCCGUGGCGAAGCAAACAGCGGGUUCACUCAGGAGCAGCACUGUUCGCGGUAACGAAAGACAGCUUACCGCUGACCUGGCACGCGGCCGAGGAGGCCGAGCUCAGCGAAUCCGACCUCGAAUGCCACCUUCCCAGUCCCGAGAGCCUUAAGCAGGCACCGGUCACCGAGAAGCAUCCCCACCUCGAAGACGAAGCGCUGUCCAUGAUCCAGGACUGGAGAACAAGUAUCCAUCUACAGUCGCCAUCGCGCGAUUCUUUCUGGGCUGCGUCUAAGGCUCAAAUUACUGCUUCGGCCAAAAAGAGACGGGCAAGAGAAUCCGAGUGGCUAAAAAGGGUGGCCAGCAAAAAGCGAAAGCUCGAAUCCAGCGAACCCAGCUUUUCCAAGUCUCCCCUCGCUCGUCGGAACUCCAAUUCACGUGUGUUGCGUGUCACAGAACCUCUCGCUUUGGGCAAUCCGGACGGGUGCCCUGCCGAUUCGAGCCCUACCGCCCGACGUCUUAAAUCCAUACCACCGAUUGGAGGUCUUGAGGCAGUGGACGCAGCUGAGGACGAGCUCACAACAUCAACGCCCGGCGGAUCGUUUGAUAGUCACAGAAAGCGUGUUCCCAAUACGCCGAAGCGGGUCUCCCCGCGACGAGAUAUGUGGAAGUGCGUCCUGCAGUCCACCGGCCUAGCGGACGACGAAUUGAGCCAAAAUGAGGCGGCUGCGGCGACUCUCUCGUCCCCUGUAUCUCAACGCGGUGGACUCGUGGCCUCAGGUCGAAGGGCAGCAAAGCCGGAUAGGAGAACAACGGUGUCCUCUGUCGCUGUGGAAUCCUGGCCGAUUCAGAAGCAUGAGGCAGUUACAGGAAAUUGCGAGACCCAGGACCAGAACAUGGAUAAAAUGGAAGAAGGUGACGCACUCGGAUCAGACAUCGAUGCUCCCAUCGCGCCACCUCCAGCCACACAGCUGGAGACUCAAAUGGAUUCCAGCUUCUGCUUCAAGAUCCGACAACGGCCGGGCCAGUCUGACAAGGAGCGGCUUUCGACAGUGGCUGUGGAUCAGCCGGAUCUAGGUGCCACAGACCACACGGACACGUUGGUCAAGUGUGUAGAAGACGAACACUCUGACGGUUCCGUGGACCGUCAGGUCACCGAGCCCCCAAUGGCCGCGGUAUCAGCAUCAAAUGACUGCAAAGAUAUCUCGAGUCACGGCGAUGCGCAAGGCACCAGCGCAAUAUGUAACCAGACCGCGGAAGAUGCAAAAUGCGCCCCACAAGAACAGAUCAGCGACUGUGCCCCUGCUCAGAAACGCUCAGCAGGAGAUGAUGCCAGUCCAUACUCGACGGAUGGUGCCAAAGACGCAACCUCGCCUUUCGGAGACGGCACAGAUGCUCCAGAACGAUCCAGCUCCGGAGCAUUGGUAUCGCUUGAAAUGCAAUCCGACGAGCACGGAAACGGCGCCAUCAAGCAGUUUGUCAAUGAUGCUUUGGCGCGAGAAGAUUGUGCUGCCACGGGCGCUGCUUCAACGAGCAAUGGUCAAGCUGAGCAAGAUUUGGCUCGGGAACCCGACAUCGAAAUUUUCCGUCCGUCUGCGACACCGACCAAAGAACCUCGAAAGACUCAACCCACCCUCGAGAAACCUAAUGUCAGUGCUCUAGGGUCAGCAGUGUCAGGCGAGCCCUUGAAAGUGGAGUGCGAAGGGCAGGAAGGUUGGAAGAUCAGCUCGACAAACCCCGAGACGCCGAGUCUGACUGUGUUCCGAUCCGUUGAGAUUACGAACUCCUCCACUGCUAUGGAGGAUCCAGAGCCGAUUCUCGAAGCCAGUAUGGUGCCAGAGAACAACCGUGCUGCCUCAACGGAGCCGUCACGACCAGCUCCCACCAUGCAGUCGAGCGAGUUUUCGUUUAAGAACAUCCUCAAUCGCCUUGUUCCGUCGAGCCCUUGGGCCAGGCUUUCGCAACUGACAUCAUGCUCGGAGGCGAAAGCAGAUGAUGCAACAGCCGACGUGAAGUCCACGGCCUCAAACACGACAACGGAGUCCGAGAGUGAUGUGGCCGGUAUAGAGGCCAUGGACGUGGACAAAGCUUCUUUCCAUCAGGAAAAUGUCGAUGCGCUGCAGCCAGAAGAUGCCGAGACGGACAAUCCAAUGAUUGGACUUGUCGUCAGGUCCAAUGAUCAACAAGAAGAAGCAACAAACACGCCACAGAAAGCCCCAGACACCAUUAUCACGGAAUCUCAACAGACUCCAUGGGACAAGACGCAGCUUCUUACCCGGCCGACAAGAUCUUCGGUUGGAGAUUGUGACGAAAGCACCUUCCUAUCCUCUGGUGACAAUUCCGCGAAGACUCAAGGAACCCAAGCUGUCAUACCUCCGGAGGCACAAAGCCCGUGGGGUGGUAUUGGAGAGAUUCCGGUGUUUUGUGGCAACGUCUCGGGCAAACGCCUUGAGUUUCAAGAUCACAUUGAGGCAACGCCAAUACGGCCUGGAAUCGAGGACUUGCAAGACCCGCAUAGUAAACCUGACCCUCAACAAAGGGGUCGGGCAGCGUCGCCUCCGCCGGCCACGCCAAUCGGUGACCUUCCAACAUCACAGAGCGACAAGUUCAGAAAACAUUUCGCCGCCGUGGCAAGUCGCACCGAUGGGCUACGCCAGAAGCUUAUUCCGACGGCAUCGCAGCAGGUUGCACAGAGCCCAGGCAUGCAAGGCAUGGCCGUGCAGUUUCUGGCGGCGGACGAUGCGGCCGCCGCGGAGCCCACGUGUGAACCCACCCACACACUCGAAGAUAGCAAGGCCGGAACGGACAGGAAUCAGGGUGAGCAGGAGUCUCAAGAACCCAUGGAUGUUGUGGAGGACCUGUUGUGCGAGAUGGACGACCUGUUGCAGGUCUGGGAUGUGGAUGCGGAGCUGGACCAGGCACGCCGGUCAGCGGGACCCGGAGUGCAGCGAGUGGACAUGGCGAUUGGAAGCCAGAGCCCCUGGUGA